GGGCUUCGUUUUACUUCUGUGGAGGUCCGCUCCGCUCCGCUCCGCUUCCCUUUUCUUAACAUCGAAGAAGGCAAAGCGAAGGUCGGCCGAAGACACCGCUUCGUCCUCGCUUGCAAGUGGUGGUGGGGCGAUUGGUGGGGAUCUCCAUGGCGGCCCCGAAGCUCGCGAUCGUCGCCGCCCUCGUUUGCUCCCUCGCCCUGAUUUGGGCUCACACGAUUAGGGCCGACGCCGGGGCCGAGGGGGCGGAGGCGAUCGGAGGCUCCGAUUCGUCCGCCUUGAAGGCUGAGGUCGAGCAGCUCAAAUCCAAGAUCCGUGUCCUCGAUUCCUUCCUUAAUGAGAAAACUAGAGAGCUGCAAAGCAAGGACAAAAUCUUAGCAGAAAAGGAAAAAAUCAUACAAGAGAAAUUGGACAAAGUUGCAUCAUUACAGAGUGAGGUAUCAUCUCUUCAGAAAAAGGGGAAACUAGAUGCUGCAGCUGAGAUAGGGAAGGCUCAUGCUCGGGCCAGUGAAUUGGAGAAACAGGUGGGCAAGCUUGAGACAGAUAUAGAAUUGCAGCUGAAGGAAAAAGAAGUUUUGGAAUCCAGUGCUAGUAAAGCUGAGAAGAGGAUCAAUGAAUUAAAUGCAAAACUCGAAAAUCUUGAAAAGAUCAACGAUGAGCAGAAGUCAAAGAUACGCAAAACUGAACGAGCUCUUAAAGUGGCUGAGGAGGAACUACUGAAGGCAAAGAUUGAAGCAGCUUCAAAGCAUAGGGAGCUGACAGAGGUUCAUGGUGCAUGGCUCCCACAUUGGUUGGCUAUACAUCUUUCUCAAUUGCAGUCCUCCAUUGAGUUGCACUGGAAUGAACAUGGAAAACCUGCUAUGAAUACUAUUAUUCAGAAGAGCAUGGAGAAGAAAUCUCAAGCUGCAAAAUGGGCUGAACCUCACCUGGAGACGAUGAAGAAGGAGUGGAUUCCAGCAUUAAAGGAGCACUGCUUCACUGUAAAAACCUCUCUCGAGCCGCAUGUGCAUUCUCUGACUACAAAAACCCUCGAGGUUUAUGAGUCAUCUAAGAGUGCUCUCACUCCACACUUGAUUAAGGUUCAGGAAGUUGUCGAUCCCUACUACCAGGAAGUCAAGAAGUUCAGCAAGCCGCAUAUCGAUAACAUUGUUACUGUGACAAAACCUCACGUUGAUAAACUAAGGCUGACCUUGAAGCCCUACACAAAGGAAGUAGUUCGUGUCUAUGGGAAGUUCUUAAAGUCUGCUUCAAGUUAUCAUCAUCAGGUACGAGCCCAUAUUAGAGAGACGUUGAAAAAGCAUGAGUUGACAGGACCUCUUGCAACUAAGGAAUUUGAGUGGUUUGCGGCAUCUGCUCUGUUGGCUGUACCAAUCAUUAUGCUCUCGAAGUUUCUCUCGGCCUUGUUUGGCACAAAAGCGAAGAAACCUCCACGAAAUGGUCAUAAGAAUCAUGCGCGCCGUAAGACUAAACGCGGACAUGCUGACAAAUAGUGUGGGGCAUUUGGUUCUUCGUCAUCAGCAGCAUGAGGAUUACAGCAGCCAAAUUCUCAUUGAUUACAGAAAGUUGACUGAAUGCAACGGUCAGGAUUCGACAGCAAUCGAGAUUAUGGAAGUCGAAUAAAGCUUCAGAUUUUUCACUUCUGUGCGGCUGUGGGGAAGCUGUACAAAAAAUGCUCGAGGACGAUGGUAUGUGUUUUGCUGUGCAUGCGUUUCCAAACUGAUGGUUAAAUCGGAACCACCCUAAUGUUGGUGGAGUGAGUGUGUUCAGAAAGCGGGUUUUUUUAUCUGCUCAGGCCACCGUUUGUGAUCGUUUGUGAUCGGGUACUUCGGUAGGCUUAUGACUAAAUAACCGAAUUAUCACCCCCUCGAAUUGUAUUCGACGCGUCGAUGCACCAUAUAUAUUUUUGAAGUAACGCAUGGAAGUUAUCUAUAUUAU